AUGGUGUUUGUUGGCUUCAUGGUGUGUGGAGUUUUAUCAGGAUACGUUGCCGACAGAUACGGACGCUGGAAGGUGGUGGUGGGAGGCUUCGUGUGGAGCGCCUACUUCUCUCUGCUCACGUCGUUCGCUCCUUCCUACGGUUGGUUCAUCUUCCUGCGCAGCAUGGUAGGCUGCGGCGUGGCAGGCGUGUCCCAGGGGUUUGUGCUGAAGACGGAGUUCAUCCCAGCGAAACAUCGCGCUUUCCUGCUGCCUCUGGCCACGAUCUUCUGGAUGACCGGCUCCAUACUUAUCAUUGUUCUGGGCAUGUUGGUGGUUCCCACGUUGGGCUGGAGGUGGAUGAUCCGACUCUCCAUCACCCCGAGCAUCGUCCUCAUCUUCCUCUUCAAGUUCAUUCCUGAGUCGGCUCGUUACAACGUGUCGGCGGGGAACGUAGACGCCGCCGUUGAAACUCUGCAGUGGAUCGCCAAAAUGAACCGCGCUGCUCUUCCUCCGGGCCGGCUGGUGGAGCCCGCUGUGAAAGACCGAGGAAACUGGAGGAUCCUGCUGAGCUCUUCGUUGAGGAGAACCUCCCUGCUGCUCUGGUAUUCAUGGUUCGUGGCGUCCUUUGCAUACUACGGUUCGGUCCUGAGCAGUUCGGAGUUGCUGGAGAAGAACCUGCUGUGUGUGACCAACGCCGACCGGGAGCAUCAGGUCAAGCAUCGCCAUGACAACGGGCUUUGUUACUGCAUCCCCUUCGGAACCAGCGACUACCAGACCCUGCUCAUCAGCUCCCUGGGAGAGGUCGCAUUGGUCCCAAUAAACAUCGCUCUGCUCAACGUGUUUGGACGGAAGACCACCCUGACGGUUCUUCAGCUGAUGACAGCCUUUUUCUUCAUGAUGGUCAACAUCUGCACCACCAUGUUUGGUUUUACGGUUCUGCUGUUCCUGCUCCGGUCUCUGGUCUCCAUGAACUUUAAUGUAGUUUACAUUUACACCGCUGAGGUGUACCCGACCGUGGCCCGGUCUCUGGGGAUGGGUUUCUGCACCUCGUUCAGUCGAAUCGGAGGAAUGAUCGCUCCGUUCAUCGCUCAGGUGUUGAUGUCCCAGUCAGUAAUUCUGGCUCUCACUCCGUUCGCCGUGGCGUGUGUCGUGUGCGCUUUAGGGAACUUCCUGUUGCCGAUAGAAACCCGCGGUCGAGCUCUGCUGCAACACUCUUGACGACGUCUCCUAAAAAC